AUGUUACGACUCUUCAUCCGCUGUGGGCGAAGAACUGUUCAGUCCAACUCAGAGAAAGACCUUAGAGAGGAGAGCCAGGUCCUCCUAAACACCUCCCAGACCCAGGGGAGGACCCAGGAGAGGACCCAGGGGAGGACCCAGGAGAGGACCCAGGGGAGGACCCAGGAGAGGACCCAGGAGAGGACCCAGGGGAGGACCCAGGGGAGGACCCAGGAGAGGACCCAGGGGGAGGACCCAGGGGAGGACCCAGGGAGGACCCAGGGGAGACCCAGGAGAGGACCCAGGAGAGGACCCAGGGGAGGACCCAGGGGAGGACCCAGGAGGACCAGGAGAGGACCCCAGGAGAGGACCCAGGAGAGGACCCAGGGGAGGACCCAGGGAGGACCCAGGAGAGGACCCAGGGGAGGACCCAGGGGAGGACCCAGGGGAGGACCCAGGGGAGGACCCAGGAGAGGACCCAGGGGAGGACCCAGGGGAGGACCCAGGGAGGACCAGGAGGACCCAGGGGAGGACCCAGGGAGGACCCAGGGAGGACCCAGGGAGGACCGGGAGGACCCAGGGGAGGACCCAGGGGAGGACCCAGGAGAGGACCCAGGAGAGGACCCAGGAGAGGACCCAGGAGAGGACCCAGGAGAGGACCCAGGGGAGGACCCAGGGGAGGACCCAGGGAGGACCCAGGAGGACCCAGGGGAGGACCCAGGGGAGGACCCAGGAGAGGACCCAGGAGAGGACCCAGGAGAGGAUCCAGGAGAGGACCCAGGAGAGGACCCAGGAGAGGACCCAGGAGGACCCAGGGGAGGACCCAGGGGAGGACCCAGGAGAGGACCCAGGAGAGGACCCAGGAGAGGACCCAGGGGAGGACCCAGGGAGGACCCAGGAGAGGACCCAGGGGAGGACGCAGGGGAGGACCCAGGAGAGGACCCAGGAGAGGACCCAGGAGAGGACCCAGGAGAGGACCCAGGAGAGGACCCAGGGGAGGACCCAGGAGAGGACCCAGGAGAGGACCCAGGGGAGGACCCAGGAGAGGACCCAGGGGAGGACCCAGGAGAGGACCCAGGAGAGGACCCAGGGAGGACCCAGGGGAGGACCCAGGGGAGGACCCAGGAGAGGACCCAGGGAGGACCCAGGGGAGGACCCAGGGAGGACCCAGGAGAGGACCCAGGGAGAGGACCCAGGGGAGGACCCAGGAGAGGACCCAGGAGAGGACCCAGGGGAGGACCCAGGGGAGGACCCAGGGAGAGGACCCAGGAGAGGACCCAGGAGAGGACCCAGGGGAGGACCCAGGGGAGGACCCAGGGAGGACCCAGGACCCAGGGAGGACCCAGGAGAGGACCCAGGAGAGGACCCAGGAGAGGACCCAGGAGAGGACCCAGGGAGGAGAGGACCCAGGAGAGGACCCAGGAGAGGACCCAGGAGAGGACCCAGGGGAGGACCAGGGAGGACCCAGGGGAGGACCCAGGAGAGGACCCAGGAGAGGACCCAGGAGAGGACCCAGGAGAGGACCCAGGAGAGGACCCAGGAGAGGACCCAGGGGAGGACCCAGGAGAGGACCCAGGAGAGGACCCAGGGGAGGACCCAGGAGAGGACCCAGGGGAGGACCCAGGAGAGGACCCAGGGGAGGACCCAGGAGAGGACCCAGGAGAGGACCCAGGAGAGGACCCAGGAGAGGACCCAGGAGAGGACCCAGGAGAGGACCCAGGAGAGGACCCAGGAGAGGACCCAGGAGAGGACCCAGGAGAGGACCCAGGGGAGGACCCAGGGGAGGACCCAGGGGAGGACCCAGGAGAGGACCCAGGAGAGGACCCAGGGGAGGACCCAGGAGAGGACCCAGGGGAGGACCCAGGAGAGGACCCAGGGGAGGACCCAGGGGAGGACCCAGGAGAGGACCCAGGAGAGGACCCAGGGGAGGACCCAGGGAGGACCCAGGAGAGGACCCAGGAGAGGACCCAGGGGAGGACCCAGGGGAGGACCCAGGGGAGGACCCAGGAGAGGACCCAGGAGAGGACCCAGGGGAGGACCCAGGGGAGGACCCAGGGGAGGACCCAGGAGAGGACCCAGGAGAGGACCCAGGAGAGGACCCAGGAGAGGACCCAGGGGAGGACCCAGGAGAGGACCCAGGGGAGGACCCAGGAGAGGACCCAGGAGAGGACCCAGGAGAGGACCCAGGGGAGGACCCAGGAGAGGACCCAGGAGAGGACCCAGGAGAGGACCCAGGAGAGGACCCAGGAGAGGACCCAGGGGAGGACCCAGGAGAAGACCCAGGAGAGGACCCAGGAGAGGACCCAGGGGAGGACCCAGGGGAGGACCCAGUGGAGGACCCAGGAGAGGAUCCAAUGGAGGACCCAGGGGAGGACCGAAUGGAGGACCCAGGGGAGGACCCAGGAGAGGACCCAGGGGAGGACCCAGGAGAGGACCCAGGGGAGGACCCAGGAGAGGACCCAGGAGAGGACCCAGGGGAGGACCCAGUGGAGGACCCAGGAGAGGACCCAAUGGAGGACCCAGGGGAGGACCGAAUGGAGGACCCAGGGGAGGACCCAGGAGAGGACCCAGGGGAGGACCCAGGAGAGGACCCAAUGGAGGACCCAGGGGAGGACCGAAUGGAGGACCCAGGGGAGGACCCAGGGGAGGACCCAGGAGAGGACCCAGGAGAGGACCCAGGGGAGGACCCAGGAGAGGACCCAGGGGAGGACCCAGGAGAGGACCCAGGAGAGGACCCAGGAGAGGACCCAGGGGAGGACCCAGUGGAGGACCCAGGAGAGGAUCCAAUGGAGGACCCAGGGGAGGACCGAAUGGAGGACCCAGGGGAGGACCCAGGAGAGGACCCAGGGGAGGACCCAGGAGAGGACCCAGGGGAGGACCCAGGAGAGGACCAAGGAGAGGACCCAGGAGAGGACCCAGGAGAGGACCCAAUGGAGGACCCAGGAGAGGACCCAAUGGAGAACCCAGGGGAGGACCCAGGAGAGGACCCAGGAGAGGACCCAGGAGAGGACCCAGGGGAGCGCCCAGGGGAGGGCCCAGGGGACAUUUGGAGGGACUACAGAUUUGGAGGGACUACAGAUUUGGAGGGACUACAGAGGAUCUAUGGAUUGA